AUGAAUGUGCAGCGUCUUGCUGCAUCCAGUAUCAGUAUCGAGCUAUCUCUGAGACAGUUGCUUACUCAAGCGAAAAACGAAUUUGAUCGCGGUUGUCAGCGAAAUGGCAAUGAGGUUAUCGAGAAAGUCAUGCGCCUGAUGACAGAGGAGAUAGCCAGGGCUUAUCACCAGCACAUGAUAGCAAAGCUACAACUGUAUUGGGAACGAGUCCGCACUCAGGUCGGCUGCCAUAGAUUGCCCCGCCUUCAGCAACUGCAACAUAUUGAACAGGAGUCAGGACAAGUUGGCCGUAUCGUCACUGCGCAGACGAUAUGGGAAAUAUAUGACGAAGCUUGGAGCGCUUACAUCCGCAUUCACCCUGUGUCCGACGGUGGAGAUUUACCACCCAAUGUACCUUGCUGGAUGGCGACACGCAAGUAUGUUCCGCCUAAUGAUAGUUGGUCUGAAUCUGUAUAUCAACGUCUUUUUGAUUGUGAGAAUAUCGCGUCUUGGAGCAAUCUCUACUUCCUGAAUCUUUACCGGAAGUUCAAAGAUCUGUGGGGAGUAGUCAAGAGCUACACAGAUCCAUUUGAUGAUCAUUUUCGUUGCGCAAUUGGAAGAUACAUCCUAGUCACGUUUAAUAGCGACUCAAGCAAAGACGUCGCCACAGAUCGGAGACCUGGGACAUGGUACCAGAAAGUGGCAUUUUUUCGGAUACAAUACUGGGCACCCUAUUUCUCGCCACCACAAUGUGUUGACUUUUCCUCCUGGGUCUCUGUUGCUAAUUAUCAACUUCAAAACCCUUAUACACCGUCGCCCCAGAUCUGUAGUGCUCUCAACGCCAUAGAGUAUCAGGGUCGCUCCAACGUCUUUACACAACUUUGGGCACAGUUAGUCGUUCGUAACAGCUUGGUACACGGAACCAAAGCAAAGGAGAAAAACAGAAUUUGUGAGCAAGCCAUGGAUUGCUUGAUGGAUCUUGUCGGGCCUAAGUGGAGUCAUCGAGGGAAGAUAACGCUUGUGUUGCCUUGGCGGUUUCCUGAUUCAAUCAACAAGGCUGAGCGGUAUCAGGACUAUCUACGCCUUCCCAUCCUAUCGACAUCUAGUCGGCCACCAGGUAUCCCCAACCGACCCACCAUCAUCCUGCCGUCUCGUCACAAUGUUAUGGCCCUUAUCGUAGCCAUUGAGUCUCUUCCCCGAAUUAAUCAAGAAACCCUUCAGAGAGCGAAAUGGAUUCGUGAGAUGCUUCACAAUGAGGGCAAACAGUAUGCUAUGCGUAGCCAUCUUGAGGCGAAACAGGAAGAAAUGGAUGCUGUGUCAAGGCCUCACUCAUUGUUACGCCAAUUUCUGGCACAAACGACUCCCCCUCAGCGUGUUGUACACGACUUUGGUAUGACCACCGAGGCUUUGUAG